AUGACUGAGCCUGCCGCGUCGGAAUCCGCUAAUCCAGUGGUAUUUUUUGAUAUUACCCUUGGUGGUGAAGCUCUAGGCCGAGUGAAAAUGGAACUUUAUGCCAACGUAACGCCUCGAACGGCAGAAAACUUCAGACAGUUCUGCACUGGGGAAAGCAAAACACCGAAAGGAAAGCCUCAAGGCUACAAGGAAGCAAGUUCCACCGGGUCGUAUGUCAAGGAUUUUAUGAUCCAAGGUGGGGAUUUUGUGAAUGGGGAUGGAACUGGUUCUUGUAAUAUCUACGGCUCAUCCAAAUUCGCGGACGAAAACUUUGCUUUGUCACAUGAUCGUCCUGGCCUCCUGAGCAUGGCUAACUCGGGCCCAAAUUCGAAUGGUUGCCAGUUUUUUAUUACUACUGCUCCAGCCCCCUUCUUGAACAACAAGCAUGUUGUAUUUGGCCAAGUUACCGACGGCAUGGACAUUGUUCGCAUGAUCGAGAAGACUCGGACUAAUGCCCACGAAAAGCCAAUUCAAGACGUGACGAUUAUUCAGUGUGGGGAGAUGUAA